UUCACUUUACACUCUCUAGGGUUCCUCCCUUCUCCGCCAUGUCACCACCCACCUCCACCCUCUUCGCCGCCGUCCUCCGCUGUCACCACCACCGGAACCACCACCACCUCCGGCGUUUCAUUUCCACCUAUUCACUGCCACUGAGCCACCCAAUUUACACCAUUUGGGCAGCCAAUACUUCCCUCGGAAAAACCUUAGUCUCAGCUGGACUUUCCACUUCUUACCUCUCUUCACCACACCGUAAAUUCCUCUACUUGAAGCCUUUACAGACUGGGUUCCCUAUUGACUCCGAUUCCCUCUUCGUUUAUAGUAAAUUCGGAGAAUUUUUCGCUAGAAAUCGACCUGAGUUCUCCGUUUUCGCGUCGAAUCACGUGCUGAAAGCGUCGGGUUUGGCUUCGAAGGAUGUGUUUAGAGGUGGGUCUGACGUAGAAAGGGAUGAAAAUGUGAGCUGUAGGAAUGGAGUUGUGAAAAAGUCUGAAUUUUUCCUCUCGAAUAGUGAGAUGAAAGGAUCAGUUUUGGGUUCAGAGGGAUUAGUGAGAGGUGGGUUUGGAGUAGAAAGGGAUGAUAAUGUGAGUUGUGGAAAUGGGGCUGUGAAAAAGAGUGAGUUUUUUGACUCGAAUCGAGCUGAAUUAUCUGUUUUUGACGCGGACUGUGAGCUGAAAGGAUCGGUUUUAGGUUCAGAGGGGUUAGUGAGAGGUGGGUUUGGAGUGGAAAGGGAUGGAAAUGUGAGUUUUGGAAAUGGGGUUGUGAAUGUGGGGUUGUAUGAGGAGAGGAGACUGCAAGGGACUGAGAAUUGGGAAAUGAAAGGUUAUUCGAAGUUGGUUUGUAAGACAAUGUAUGGGUGGAAAGAGGCGUUAUCACCACAUUUAGUUGCGGAGAGGGAAAAUGCUAGAGUGGAGGAUGAUGAGUUGUUGGGGAUGUUGAAGGGUUGCUUAGGGAUUGAACUGGAAAGUGAAAAAGGUGGAGCUUUUUGUGUGAUCGAGACUGCUGGUGGUGUUGCCAGUCCAGGACCAUCUGGUUCACUUCAAUGCGACUUGUAUAGACCUUUCCGCUUCCCAGCUAUUCUCGUUGGUGAUGGAAGGCUAGGGGGUAUUUCAGCAACUAUUUCAGCCUAUGAAAGUUUAAAACUUCGAGGUUAUGAUGUUGUUGCUGUAGUAAUUGAAGACCAUGGCCUAGUUAAUGAGGGUCCUUUAUCAUCUUACUUACGAAGAAGGGUCCCUGUGCUUGUUCUUCCACCUAUACCAAAGGAGAUGUCAAAUAACCUGAUGGAGUGGUUCCAAGAAGCGCUGUCUACUUUUCAUUCUCUUGAAGAAAUAAUGCAGUCAGCUUUUGUGGAGAGAACAUCUAGAUUACACGACAUGCCAAGGAAGGCACAUGAUUUUUUCUGGUGGCCCUUUACUCAACACAAACUUGUACCGGAAGAAAAUGUGACAGUGAUAGAUUCACGGUGUGGAGAAAACUUUGCUGUGCACAAGGUUAAUAAUAAUGUUGAUUUAAUCACUCAACAAUUUGAUGCAUGUGCAAGUUGGUGGACGCAGGGACCUGAUGCUACUUUACAGAUUGAGCUUGCAAGAGAUAUGGGUUAUGCUACUGCUAGAUAUGGGCAUGUAAUGUUCCCUGAAAAUGUUUACGAGCCGGCUUUGGAAUGUGCUGAACUUUUGCUUGAAGGCGUUGGGAAAGGGUGGGCUUCGAGAGUAUACUUUUCAGAUAAUGGCUCUACAGCAAUUGAAAUAGCUCUCAAAAUGGCACUACGGAAGUUCUUGUUUGAUCACAAGAUUGUCUCUGACGAUUUGGUGGCUGAGAAUUCUGAAAGUCAUGUUGAUUUAAAGGUUUUAGCCCUCAGAGGAUCUUACCACGGUGACACUUUGGGUGCUAUGGAAGCACAGGCGCCGUCACCUUAUACUGGUUUUUACCAGCAACCAUGGUAUAAGGGAAGAGGUCAUUUUUUAGAUCCACCAACAGUUGCCAUGUGUCAUGGUGUUUGGAAACUUAGCCUUCCGCAAGAGAUUGAAACUCAAAAUCCCAGUCUUGAAGAUUUUACUUUCAGUUUGCGCGAGAACAUAUUCAAGGAAAGCCGCGACACUUCAAAUCUUGCUGAUAUAUAUCACUCUUAUAUAUGGAAAACGUUACAUCUAAUUAUUGACUCAAGCGGGUCUACUCGAAUUGGAGCAUUGAUUAUAGAACCAGUGAUACAUGGCGCUGGAGGAAUGGAAAUGGUUGAUCCACUAUUUCAGAGAGUACUAGUGAAAGAAUGCCGAAAUCAAAAAAUUCCUGUUAUUUUCGAUGAGGUUUUUACGGGAUUCUGGCGUCUGGGAGCAGAGUCUGCUACGGAGUUUAUUCGCUGUAAGCCAGAUAUAGCCUGCUUUGCCAAGUUGAUGACUGGUGGCAUUGUGCCCUUGGCUGUCACUUUAGCAUCAGAAGCUGUAUUUGAAGCAUUUGUUGGAGACUCAAAGCUCCAGGCACUCUUGCAUGGUCACUCCUACACUGCACAUGCACUGGGUUGUACAGCUGCUGUAAAGUCAAUCAAAUGGUUUAAGGACUCCAAAACAAAUCAUAAUCUGAUAUCUGAAGCUAUGCUGCUCAGGGAGCUGUGGGAUCCAGACUUGGUGAGACAAAUUUCCUUACUUCCAGCAGUGCAUAGAGUGGUUGUUUUGGGGACUCUAUGUGCAUUGGAACUUCAAGCAGAAGGGUCUAAUGCUGGGAGAGCCUUGUUUGGACAAGUUCUGGUCGAAGUUGAAAAGACUAGAAUAUGGCUCAAUCAACAAGUUAAAGUCUAGUUAUAGCUUAUGGUGAAAGCUGGAACAUGCAAAUUGUGCUACAGAAGGGUGUGGCCUAGUGUCAAUGAAGUGGGUGAGAACCAGGAGGUCUCAUGUUCAAAUCUCAACGGAGACAAAAACACUAUGUGAUCUCUUCCCAUCUACCCUAGCCUCGGUGGGUUACCUGGUACAAGUUUGCUUUUGUGGGGCUGGGGUGUGUGUGUGUAUUCUUGGAAUUAGUUGAAGUGCGCUCAAGCUGGCCAAACACCACAGUUGUUAAAAAAAAGUCCAUAUUGGACUGCAUAGGGAAUAUUUUGCUACAUAGGGAAAACUAGUAUACUUUUGCUCAGCAAUGUUUGUACGUCUGAUAUUGUUACAUUUGAUAAGAAAGAACACCAUCAAAGUCAGUUUAUACAUCUGAUUGUUGUAGUGCAGGCGUUUGAUUAGCAAGUAUGCCAUAAAAGUCACUUCCUUAUGUUAUAUCAACAAAAAAACUCAGUUACCUUAUAGAGGACUCUUGUUAUCUUGUUCAUUAUCUGCUACUCAUCAGUGUUUGUGCAUCUGUUCGUCGGAGCGCUAGCAUUUGAUUAACAAAUUACAGCAUAUAGUCAGUACUGUUCUGGUUUUAUGUUGCUUGUA